AUGUAAGCAAUGCAAAAAGCUAACAAAAUCGAAUACGAAGAUGAUUAAACAAUAGAUCCUAAAAUAAUGGAACCUUUUGAUCCAAUACCAGGAAGAGUUCCUAGAAAAGUAGCAAUAGAUAGAUAGAAAAAAUAAUAUCAUUCAUUUAAUAUAGAAUAACUUUUAUAGAUGGAAGGAAUCGACUUCAAUAGAAAAGAUGAGGGUAAUAGUUCCUAUUGGCUUCCUUUAGAAAUUUUUGAUGAUAAUACAUUUGAUGAUUAUUAGGAUGGAGAAUGGAUAGAUAGAUUAACUGAUGAUGAUGGAAAUUAAAGAAUCAUGACUGCUAAAGGACUUUAUUUUGAAUAUGAUAUAUAAAAUUAUUCUUGGAAGCCACUUAUACUUUAGGCUUGGGAUGAGAAAAAAUAGAGGUUCAUUGGAAAAUGGAGAGAUAAUGAUGAAUAAGUUGAAUUGAAUAGAAUUUAAUUCUGUUUAGAUGCAGAAGAUCCUCGAAAAUUUGCAAAAAGAAUUGUUCAUGCGUUUAAAUAAAGAAUGUAUGCAGAUUCUAUUAUUAGAUAUAAUCAUAUUAUUGAUUUAAUGCCUUUAUAAGAUUUAAGCGAAUUAGAUAGCGAAUAAAAAAAAAGAUUAGAAUCUCUUUCGAAAACAAAACAAUUUGAAAAUUAAGAAACAAAAAAUUUAAUUAUUGAAGUUAAUAAUGAUUAUUAAAGAACAAUGAAUAAAAUUAUUUUUGACAGAUUUUUAUAAGAAAGAAAUGAUAAAUAAUAUGAAAGCAUUCCUAUGGAAAUCCUUAAUAUUAACCUUCAGUUACCUCCUCCAUAACCACUUAAGGAAGUACCUUAUUAUGGCAUGAUGCCUUUACAAAGGCAUUCAGGUUCCAAAACAAUGUAUAUUAAUAAUAAUUAAGAAAUUAGUCUAGAAGAACCUAAAGAUUUCACUGAAACUUUCAAAGAUUUUUGUUUUUCGUCAUUAUUUAUUAAAGAAGAAGUAAUAACAGCCUUAUCAGAAAUCCGUGUUGAAUGCAAUAAAAUUUUAGACAUGGAGAUUUUUAAUAAAGACUUGCAUUCGUGUAUGGUAUUAGAAGAAUUCAAGCAUAUCUAAGAGUCAAGUAAAAAUUAGAUUCUUUACAUUUUAAGAGGAUCGUGGAUAUUAGAAUUAACAAAAAUAAUAAAAAAUAAUUUUCAAAAUGUAGGAAAAGGUUGGUUUAACAUGAAAGAAACUAACAAAAUAACAUAUGAUUUCGGAAAGUUGAAACGUUUUUUGACUUUGGUAAGAUUAAUAAUGCAGGAUACUGUAUAUUCUUUAGUAAAGAAAUGUUAUAUAGAUAUGUAAGAUUAUAUUUUGAGUUUCGUACCAAAAAAUGUAAUAAUUAGAUCCCCAAAUGACGUCGAAAAUAUUUUUAGAGAGGGUAAAAAGAAUUAGAAGGAUAUUAUUCCUUUAUUCUUGAUCGAUUUAGUGAAGACUUAAAAUGAUUAAAAUUUUUUAUAUUCAACCAACCCAAUUAAUUUUAUAAACAUGAUUAUUUAAUGCUUUGAAAAAACACUUGAUGAAAUUUCUAAAAUUCCUGACUUGGAACCUAAAAUUGUAUAAGAACUACAUAAAUCAGCUAAGCCUGAUACUUAUAUUAGAACACCUAUAAAACCUACGGAAAGGCCAAUAACUCCAGACCCUAAUUAAUUGCCAAGAAAGUACCCAGAUGAGAAUAAAUGGAUAUGGGAUAUGCUGGAAAAUUUAAAAGAAUAAUUAAUGGAAGGCAUAAAACCUCUUAAUGAAUAUUUAAAUUCUUUCGAUGAGUUCAAAGAUGUUCUUAAAAUGGAUCCUGAUGAGGUAGUUAGAUAAAUUGAAAUGGAUGAAAAUCAAUGGGAAGUGGAAAAAAUAUAAGAAGAAAUAGCAAAUAUAAAUAAAAAGGAAGCUGAACUCAGAAUGAAAAUACCUACAAAUAUUCAUUUAUCAUUUUUCUAAGUCCAAACAAAUGAAAUAUUAUGCUAUUUAUGUGAGAAAUAUUAUUAAUUAUCAAAAAAUUUAAUUGAGAUGAUUGCUAGAAAAGCAAAACAGCAAACAUAAUAAAUAUUUAAUUAAUUUUUAAUGAUAUAAAAAAAGCUUAAUGAGGUUCCCUAAAAUGUAGAAUAAUUAACCGAACUGAAAGAAUAUAUGGAAUAAAUACCAUAAGAUCUAGAAAAGAUUAAAUUAGAAAUGCAAAAAUGCUUUGAAAUUUAUGCAAUUUUAGAUGGAUUUAAUUAUAGAUUUUCGAAGCAUGAUUUAGAUUAAAAGUGGACUAUUUUUGGUUCAACUAAGGAUACUUUGUAAAUUAUUGAUAAGAAAAAAAAAGAAAUGGAAAAAGAUAAAGUCAAAUUUUAAGAUGAAAUGAAAAUUAUGUAAGAUGAUUUUAAAGAUUAAGUUGAUAACUUAGAAAGAACCAUUUAAGGAUUUAAUUAAUAUGCAGAUUUAAAUAACCAUUAAGAAACUGCUUAAACUGCAAUUGAUAUUAUGAAAUAAAUCAAAUAAUUUUUUGAAGAAGCCAGGAAAUAUAAUAAUAGGGAAGCUCUCUUUGAGAUGGAUUAAACUAAUUAUGACUCUAUUCCUAAUAUGGAAAAAGAAUUUAUGCCCUAUGCUAAUUUAUGGACCACAGCAGAUUAAUGGUUUAAGAAUAUUGAAUAAUGGAGAAAUGGAGAAUGGUAAACAUUAGAUGCGGUUGCAGCUGAGAAAUUCGUAGAAGAAAGUAUAUAAUUAUUAAAUAAGGCAAUAAGAAGUUUUAAAGACAGAAACAUAAGCACUAUAUUGUCCAUAGCAUAAAAAGUAAAAGCAGAAAUAGAAGAAUUCAAGCCUAAAGUACCUUUAAUGGUAGCCUUAAGAUAACCAGGGAUGCAAUAAAGACAUUGGAAAGAAAUAUCAGAUAAAAUGGGAAUAGAAGUAAAACCAAAUCCUGAAUUUACAUUUAAUAAGGCAUUAGAAUUAGGCUUAAUGAAAUAAGUAGAAUUCUGUUGUGAAGUAGGAGAAAAAGCUUCAAAAGAAUUUUAAAUAGAAAAUAUGCUAAAGGAAAUGAAAGGAAUUUGGGCUUAAGUUAAUUUCUAAUUUAAAGAAUACAAAACAAGUUUUAUUGUAAGAGGUUAUGAUGAAAUUUAAAUUAUUUUAGAUGAUCAUAUUGUAAAUUCAUAGAACUUGCAAUUUUCUGCAUUCAAAAAACCUUUCGAAUAAGAAAUUAUAGAAUGGAAUGAUUAACUUAAAAUGAUGAGUGAUGUAUUAGAAGAAUGGGCGAAAUGUUAAGGAUAAUGGAUGUAUUUAUAACCGAUUUUCGAUUCUGCAGAUAUUGCUAAAUAAUUACCAGCAGAGACGAAAAAAUUUAGAACUGUGGAUUCUACAUGGAAACAUACAAUAAUGACUGCAAGAAAUAUUUAAAAUGUUCUCAAGGUUUGUACUUAAGAUGGGCUUUUAGAAAGACUUUAAGAGGCAAAUAAAAACUUAGAAAUUAUAUAGAAAGAAUUAAAUAAUUAUUUGGAAAAAAAAAGGGAAGGAUUUGCAAGAUUCUAUUUUCUUUCUAAUGAUGAUUUAUUAGAAAUUCUCUCGUAAACCAAAGAACCCACUGCAGUUUAACCACAUUUAAAGAAGGUGUUUGAAAACAUUCAUGAAGUUGAAUUUGAUGAAAAUAAAAAAAUAAAAGCUAUGAUUUCUUCAGAAAAAGAAAAAGUAUAAUUCGAAGAAGAUGUAGAUCCCAAAAAUAAAAAUGUUGAAAGUUGGAUGAAUGAAUUAGAAAAUAUGAUGUGUAGAUCAGUCAGGUUGUGUCUUUUUAAUUCUGUUUAAGAUUAUCCAACUAAAAAAAGAACCGAAUGGACACUAUGUCAUCCUGGAUAGUGCAUUUUGAAUGGAUCUUAGCUUGUUUGGACCUAAGAAGUUGAAGCUUCUUUUAAAGAAGGUGUAAAAGGAGUAAAAGCUUAUUGGGAUAAGUUAGAUAUUUAUUUAAAAGAUCUAGUAGAAUUAGUUAGAUAGAAAUUAACUAAACAAUAAAUGGUAACCAUUAAUGCACUUAUUGUUAUUGAUGUGCAUGCAAAAGAUGUUGUGGAAAAUUUAUGGAGAAAUAAUGUUGCUGAUAGUGCUUCAUUUGAAUGGAUCUCUUAACUUAGAUAUUAUUGGGAAAAUGAUGAUUGUUAAGUAAAAUGUAUUUAAACUAAAUUUCCUUAUGGAUAUGAAUAUUUAGGAAAUACUCUAAGAUUAGUUAUUACUCCUCUAACAGAUAAAUGUUAUAUGACAUUAAUGGGAGCUUUAAAAUUAAAUUUAGGAGGAGCGCCUGCGGGACCAGCAGGAACAGGAAAAACAGAAUCAGUAAAAGAUUUGGCAAAAGCAUUAGCAAAAUAAUGUGUAGUGUUUAAUUGUUCAGAUAGUAUGGAUUAUAUUAUGGUUGGUAAAUUUUUCAAAGGAUUGGCAAGUGCAGGAGCAUGGUGUUGCUUUGAUGAAUUUAAUAGAAUUAACAUUGAAGUAUUAUCUGUUAUAGCAUAAUAAUUACUUUAAUUAUUUGGAGAAAAAGCUAAAGGAACGCCUUAAAUUGAAUUCGAAGGGUCAAUAAUUAGAAUAAAACCAACAUUUUGUGUUUUUAUAACAAUGAACCCAGGUUAUGCUGGCCGUACAGAACUUCCUGAUAACUUAAAAGCAUUAUUUAGAAAUGUGGCAAUGAUGGUACCAGAUUAUGCAAUGAUUGGUGAAAUUAUGUUAUAUUCAUUUGGAUUUUCAAGAGGUAGAGAAUUGGCAAAAAAAAUGGUUGCAACAUUUAAACUUUCAUCAGAAUAACUUUCCUCAUAAGAUCAUUAUGAUUAUGGAAUGAGGGCUGUUAGAAGUGUUAUCAAUGCUGCAGGCUUAUUAAAAGCUUAAUAUCCAGAUAUGGAUGAAGCUUAGCUAUUAUUAAGAGCUUUAAGAGAUGUAAAUGUUCCGAAAUUCUUAAAGGAUGAUUUACCGCUAUUUGAAAACAUUAUGUUAGAUCUUUUUCCAGGAGUAGAAAAACCAAAAGUCGAGUACGGGAGACUACUCGAAAUGAUAAAUGUAAAAUCAUAAGAUUCUGGAUUAUAACCUGUAGACUCUUUUAUAGCAAAAAUAAUAUAGCUUUAUGAUACUACUUAAGUCCGUCAUGGUUUGAUGAUUGUAGGGCCUACUGGAGGUGGAAAAACUUCAAAUUACAAAGUUUUAUAAGCUGCAAUGUCUGAAUUACAAAACGAAGGUUACUUUAAAGUAAACACUCACAUUCUUAAUCCCAAAAGUAUAAACAUGGGAUAACUUUAUGGAUAAUUUAAUGAAUAAACAAGAGAGUGGACUGAUGGUAUCCUUGCUUAUAGAGUAAGAGAAUGUUGCAGAGAUUAAUCAACAGAAAAACACUGGAUUAUGUUUGAUGGACCUGUAGAUGCUAUUUGGAUCGAAAGUAUGAAUACUGUACUUGAUGAUAAUAAAAAGCUAUGUCUUAAUUCAGGAUAGAUUCUUACUUUAACUUCGCAUAUGACUAUGAUGUUUGAAGUUGAAGAUUUGCUAGUUGCAUCGCCUGCAACAGUUAGUAGAUGUGGUAUGAUUUAUAUGGAACCAGAAAGUCUAGGAAUUCAACCUUUAGUUGAUAGCUGGAUGUAAAGUCUCCCGAAAAAUAUAGCAAGUUAUGGAAGCAUAAAAAAGAAUUUAUAAUAUAUGUUUUAAGAGUAUGCAAAAGAUAGUUUAUAAUUUUUAAGAAAAUAAGUAAGAGAACCAUUAACUUUGAAGAAACUGAAGUAAGAAGGGUUCCUGAAGAAGAGUUAGCAGAAUUGGAAAAAAACAUUAAUCCAAUUUUCAUUUUUGCAUUAAUCUGGUCAUUAGGAUGUACAGGAGAUUAUAAUGGAAGAAUUAAAUUUAAUUAAUUUUUAAGAUAAUAAAUAUAAGAUAAAUAAACUGAAAAUGUUAUAAUCCCUGAUGAUGAUACUAUAUACGAUUAUGAAUUUGAUAUUCUUUCUAAAUAGUUUGUUAAAUGGAGUACUAGAAACAAAGACUUUUAAAUUGAUGCUAAGUUGGCUUAUCAUGAAAUUAUGA